CGUUGGAAAUAUUUCACAUUCGUGGCCGGUUUUCCAAAAAAGAACCACGAUGAAGUUUAUAAUCUUGUUCUGUAUUUUACUGCCUCUGAUCCACGGACAGAAACCCAAUGGCUUGGAGUCUUUGAAGGGAUUCCAAGAGGACCCUCCAGAAGAAUUUGAAUCGCUUCGGGGAAAACGUUCACCACAAGAACUCGAUAACACAGAGAUAAGAUUCGAAUUUGAAAGCAGACUGCAAGAGGACCCUCCGGAAGAACUUGAAUCGCUUCGGGGAAAGCGUUCCCCACAUGAACCCCUGGAUAACACAGAAAUUCGUGUAAACAGGCUGCAAGAGGACCCUCCAGAAGAAUUUGAAUCGCGAGGAAAGCGUUCGCCACAAAGGCUGCAAGAGGAUCCUCCAGAAGAAUUUGAAUCGCGGGGAAAGCGUUCGCCACAAAGCUUCCAAGAGGACCCUCCAGAAGAACUUGAAUCGAGUCGGGGAAAACGUUCGGUACAAAAUUUCAUGGAUAACAACAACAAUGGCGUUGAAUUUGAAUCCAUUCCUGCAGGAGCUGGGUUGAUAAGAAUGGCAAGACGAUCGAAUGGCGGGGGCAGAAGACGAAAUGGGGUAGGACUAUUGGAUAAUACAGGACUUCGUUCAAACGGACUGCAAGAGGACCCUCCUGAAGAACUUGGAUCGCGUCGGGGAAGAAGAUCACCACAAGCUCCCGGUGUAGCUGGUUUGACUAGAGGCAAAAGAGAACAUGACCCUGCUGGAUUGUUAGCCGUUACUCUUAUCCCACCACCGCACCCGUUAUUUUAAACCGGACUUACG